AUGUCGUGUUUAGAAAUGUUUCUCUAUGAUGUCGUUUAUACCCUAGUAAAAGUCGGCCAAACAUACGAAUCACGAUUUUCGGAUAAUGGGGAUGGUACAUUUACCAAUCCGUUUAUAUGGGGAGAUUUCCCGGACGUCGACAUUAUCCGGGUGGAUGGCGACUAUUAUAUGGUGUGUUCGUCUUUUUGCUUGACACCUGGUAUACCAAUCAGUCACUCCCAGGAUUUGGUAAAUUGGCAGAUUAUUGGUUAUGCGUACGAGAAACUGGAUUACGCUGACAUUUACAAUAUGCCCAAUGGAUCAAGUCUCUAUAAUGGAGGAGCAUGGGCACCUAGUAUUCGUUACUAUGAUGGCAAGUUUCAUAUCUUUUAUUUUGAUAAUCUUGGUUUCUUCGUCACCUGUAUUUCUGCUAAACCUGAAGGCCCAUAUGAAAGAAGAUUCAUAACAAAUUACUCUCUCUUCGAUCCAGGAGUAUUUUUUGAUGAUGACGGUCGAGUAUACGUUUCGCAUGGCUCCGGUGCCAUAUACAUAACAGAAUUAAGCUCAGAUUUUCGGAGGGUUGUUACACCAGCAAGAGAAAUUUAUAAGUCACCAAAUGAAACACUGGAAGGUUCACAUGUGUACAAAAGGAAUGGUUGGUAUUACAUCUGUAAUCCAUCAGGAGCCAGAGAUGGCAGAGAGUACAUCAUGCGUUCGAAAAAUAUUUAUGGGCCAUACGAAAGUCGUCUGGUGAUUAGCAGUGUUAUGAAUUAUGCUUAUAAUGGUUUACAUCAGGGUGGUUUCAUCGAUCUACCCAACGGAGAUUCCUGGUUCUUCAUCUUUCAAGAUCAUGAUUCAGCUGGUCGGCCCCCAAAUCUAUUUCCCAUUGAAUGGAAAGAUGAUUGGCCCGUACUAAAACAAGAUAACACGACGACAGAUGGUCAAGUACAACCGACUUAUCGAAAGCCUGCAACCAAUGUUACAGUGGCACCGAUUAGUCCCAUGCAUAGUGAUGAGUUUUCGUCGCCAAUAUUGAAUUUAGAAUGGCAAUGGAGUCUCACCGAACGUCCUGGCUUUAUGCGUUUACAUGCAACGGCUGGUCGUAUUUUGAAAGAAACUCGAAAUACUCUUGUGAAACGUCUUAUCGGCCCUACUAUGUCUGGCCGUACUGUUAUUGAUUUGUCGAAUUUGGAAGAUGGUGAUGUAGCGGGUCUAGCUAUGUGGAACCUUCCCUAUGCUUAUAUCGGUGUACUGAAACAGAGUGGUCGACUAAUACCUGCUAUGGUUAAUCAAGACGAAGUCAUUGAAGCCGCUCAACCGCUCACAAACGAUCAAAUUCAUUUUAAAAUCACUACUAAUGAUCGAAGCUUUGCUUCUUUCUACUACAGUAUUGACAACGAGACAACUUAUACUAAACUAGGAAACGAACUGCAGCUAGUUUUAACUGUCAACACCUUUUUGGGUUCGCGUUUUGGACUAUUUUGUUACCAUAUUGGAAACGGAACAUCAGGCUUUGCUGAUUUCGAUUACCUACGUUUAGAAAGUCCUGUUGGCCCAGCUAAUCAUUUUGAUGCCAGCCAACCCAUUAACAUCACUUAUUAUGAUACUGAAUACAGUAUCAUCCCGCAACGAUCGUUCGAUAAUGUUCAAUCACUUAUUUCCAAUACCAGCGGUGCUUGGACAUGUUUUAACAAUCUUAAUUUUAGUCAAGGAGCAAACCUUUUUCAAGUGAGUGCCAAAGUUAUGUCAAGUCAACAGGGAAUGAUCGAAAUUCGACGUGAUCGGUUCGAUGGUGAAAUACUCGGGGAAUGUCCCAUACAAAAUAUACAACCUGGAGAUUUCAAAUUUUACAAUACGACAAUCACCCCUGUUAGCGGCGUUCAAAAAAUUUGCCUAGUUUUUACCGGUCAAGGUGGAGGCUUUUUCGAGAUCAGAGAUUUCCAAUUUUUUUUCAUAAGGGAAAGAAACUUAUGA